AUGAGACUCAGUGUGAUGCUAAUGGCCGGACUGGCCGCCGCUGAAGUGGCAAACAUAUACGACAGGUGGACGACGUCAGACCUGGAACAGUUUUUGAAGGACGAGAAACAUGGGGUGCAAAAAUCGGGGCGAGAGACGCUGGAAUCGCUCCGGAAGAGCGCUGCAGAGGUGUGGGACAAGAGCGCCAAACCAGUGCCUUGGUGGAAGUUUUGGGACCAGGGCAACGCUGCGCAGCGCGCGUGGGCGCGCUACUACGCGGCGAAAGAGCCUGUCGCGGAUUGGCUCUUUUCGACGUGGUCUGACAGCCAGCUACGCCAGCUGUUGAAGCGCAGCAAGGUCAAGGUGCAGUCGGACAUGUCGCGCGACCGCCUGGCGGCUCUCGCGCGCGAGAACUUUGACAAGAUCUCGCACAGUGUGGACAGCUCCGGGCUGUAUCCGUCGGAAGGUUACUUCAAGGACUGGAGCGACGCGGAUCUGAAGAAUUGGCUGCGCGAGUACCACGUGUCGUUCGACGACGCGCGCGAGAAGCGCGACGCGCUUCUCGCGUCCGUGCGGGAGCACAUGUACAAGGCGUCGGAGUACGCAGAUGACGAGCGCAAGAACUUGCUGGAGACUCUUGACGUGGCCAACCAGCAACUGCUCGACAAGGCCGGCAACGUCAAGGACGCUGCGUUCGACAAGUGGUCAACGCGUGAGCUCGAGGAGUGGCUCCAGAGCCACAAGGUGGCCAUACGUGACAAGGCCGCGGCAGAGUACGUGCACGACCGCGACUACCUGCUGAAGCAGGCCGAGAAGCACAAGAAUUACUUGAAGGACGACUUGGAGUGGUAUGCGAGUGCGCUGCAGAAGCAGGCCAGCCCGAUCCUGUCCAAAUCCGAAGACGCGGUCAUGUCCGUGUGGGAGAGCACCAAGGGCCGUGUCAGCGACUGGAAGAACUGGUUUGUGCACGACGACAACAUUGUCAAUCACACUUUUUUGAUCGGCGUUGAAACGUGGCCCAAGAAGAAGCUGCGCGCGUUUUUGGACGCGCGCAACGUGCCGUACUCGAUGUUGAGCACCCGCGCGACGCUUUUGGAUCUUGUCAAGCAGUAUCGCAAUCGGCCCUUGACCAACGUGGCGAAGUCACCACAGGUGGCCGAGUUUUUCGACGGCUGGAGCUACGAAAACGUGCGCAACUGGGUACAGGCCAAGAACGAGGACUCCAUGGAAGUUUACCAGAAGGCGAGCGACAAAGUCUCCGAACUUGUUUCGCAAGCGCAGCAAAAGGGUGCCGACGCAGUCGACUAUACGCAACAAAAGGGCAAAGACGCUGCCGACUACGCGCAGCAGCUGGGUAAAGACGCCGCUGACUAUGCUCAGAAAAAGGGGAAAGACGCAGCUGAAUACACGCAACAGCUGGGCAAAGAAGCAGCCGAUUACACACACAAAAAGGGCAAGGACGCCUUGGAUUACACGCAACAAAAGGGUGCCGACGCGGUCGAUUACGCGCAACAAAAGGGCGCCGAUGCGGCCGACGAAUGGACCCAUGUUUUCAAGACUUGGACCGUAGAGGAUUUGACCGACUACGUCAAGAGUUUCGGCAUCAAGCCGCAGCCAACUUCUACGAAGGACAAGUUAGUGGAGCAAGCCAAAGAGAACGCUCAAUGGUUCUUUGGAUACAAACCAGAACCUUUCUACAAAAGGGUUCCCAAGAAACUGAAGAACGCCUUAACGAACAAUGUCGUUUUGGGUUAA